AUGUAGUAAUAUCUGUCAAGAAAAAACGAAAUUCGUUUUUUUACUUUUAAAUAUCUCUCUCGAGAGUAAAUGUAUCAACGAUAACAAGCUUCAUAAUAUUAUAUUGAGUUGACGAGUUCCUUUGAUACAAGUAAAAAAAACCAUUGUAUAUUCAUAAUGGUGAUUCAAAGGAAAGAGCUAAUUGUCUUACUUAAACCUUAUUAUUGGGUUAACAUAAUACUUACGUGUUCGUAUGUGUUUUGCAAAAAGACUGAUAUUUUUUGUCAAUAUUUAUUCUCGCCAACCGAACAGACUUGCGAACUAGAUGCUAAAGAAUUGGAAAUAUUACUAUUUCUGAUGAUUGUAGUAAUGAUUCGGACAAGAAAAGCUGGAAGUGUCACAAUGUUAGCUUAUCUUUCAUCCAGUUUUUUGUAUACUAAAGGAGCAAAUGUAUUAUUGUGGUUUUAUGCAGAUGUUCGAUAUGGUUUACUCUUCACUGCUCUUGUUAUUGCUGUAAGUUUAUGUCUACCAGAGCCAACAUAUUCAGGUCCAGAAAAUGUAUUGUACUUCCGAUCAUUGGCCACUUUGGAAGAAGCCCUUAAAGAAGAUAAACAGCAUAAUGUAUGGCUUAUUUGUUUUUAUACUGUUUGGAAUCCUACGUGCGCUAAUUUUGCUCCAAUAUUUUCAAAAUUAUCUGUUGAAUAUGAUACUAAGUAUCUUAAAUUUGGUAAAAUAGAUAUAAGUCGAUAUCCUGAUGCUGCUGUUAAAUAUAAUAUUAGCGAUUCAUCUUUAAGUCGACAAUUGCCAACUGUGAUAAUGUUUAAAAAUGGAGUUGAAGAACUUAGAAGACCAACAUAUGAUAAUAAAGGAAAAAUAUUUAAAUUUUUUUUUACAGAGCCUAAUUUCAAAGCAGUUUUUGAUUUGAACAAUGUGUAUAAUCAAUGCAAAUUGGCAGAUAAGAAGAAACAUAGUGAUGUAGAUGAAAAAUUGAAAACUAAUAAGAAAGAAAAGAAAACAUAAGUCAUUUUGAAUAGCAACAAAAUGUAUUAAAACAAUGUUGGCGUGUGUUUGUGUUAUGAUUUUAUUAUUGGUAUGUUAUUGUCAUUAAUAUUGAGCAAAAAUAUGUGAAUGUUCUGUUCUUGAAAUUCAAUCGUUCUUUGUAAAAUUGAUGAUGUAUUGAAAACAGUGAACUUUUGAAGAUGUAGUUGAGAUCAUGAGAUUAUCAGGGAUUAGCAUUUUUUUUAGUUUUUUUAACUUAAAUUAAUAUUAUUUUAAAGCUUUACACUUUCUAUCAAUGAUUU